GAUGUCAUAAGAAUUAUGGGAGAUGUUGCUAAGUCAGCUAACUUUAGCCCGUUUAAAGUCGCAUUCUUGAAUAAAUAAAUACAUAAAAGUUCGCAUUCUUUAGUGCUGUAGCGUCCAGUGGAUUCUGCAGUUUAUUCAAACGUUGUGAAGUUGAUUUGGGACGUUGCUGGAACAGUUUAAUGUAUAGAAACAUCUGGAAACGUCUCAAAGGAACCGAGCUGCGUGACCUCAACUCAACACAUGGACAGCUAGCUGAUUAGCAUCGCGGUCAGUUAGCUACUGAGCUCACCUGACCUCGCGGAAGAUACCAGGUGUCUGCUUCACGGCAAAGCCCGCAGGUGAACGGUUCGCCUCAGCUGUGUGUCUCUAACCUGUGUUGUGUUGAGCAGAAUGAGUCAGACAAGCAGCAGACUGACGGGUCCAUCAGAACCAGGCCCCUUAUACCUCAGAGGGUCCUCCACACUUUCUCUUAAUGAGCGCUUCUCUCAGGUGGCAGUGGACCAGUUGACCCAGCCCAGGAUGGUGACCUUUGACCCCAUCCAGCUGCAGCAGAGGACGGGGUCAACGCCGCUGGUCCUGCUGCUGAAGGGAGAGGCAUCGCUGCUGCCCGAUCUGCAGACUCGCGACCCGUCUGUGAGGAUGAAGCAGCACGUGAAGAGGAGGAGCGUGUGGACCCGACUGGGCUGGCAGAAGGUGACUCGCCGCCGCUCGGCCUCCGGACCUCGAGGCUUCUGGAGCUUCAGGAAUAAAUACAGAUGGAGAGCAAGGUUCUGCUCCACCUGCAGGAGACGAGGGAACCUGUGCAGUGAUCUCAGGCAGCGUCGCCUCCUGAAGAACGGGACUGCAGGACGAACACACCUGCAGAGGGACGGGGCUGCUGCCUCCAGGGGGCGUGUCCAGAUUAAAGCUGAUGUACCAACAAAGAAGCAGCUGGACGCUCAGCUGGAUCAGUACAUGUCCGCGUCCAGGAGCCGUCUGGACGCUCAGCUGGACGAGUACAUGUCCCUGAGUAAGAGCCGUCUGGAUGCUCAGCUGGACGAGUACAUGUCGAUGGCGGGACGGACGGACCUGCUGUGGGACUGAUGGACUGAGGGGGUCUGUGAUUGGUUGGUGCUGUCAGGUAGAGCAGCUGUGACUUUAGUUUGUUUCUCAGGUGAAGUUGUUGGUUUGAUUAGACAUGUUGUAGUUUUCUGUUGUUGUCUCUGAGCCGUGUGUCCUUCACUGAACUCUUGUUUCAGUCGUCUGUUUGUGUUCCUGAGGCUCCAUUUUGUUCCAAACAUUUCAAAUAUAUUUCAAUAAAAGACGUUAUCUACUGAG